AUGUCCCAGUUUAUGGGCCGUGUGAGUAAAUUGGCAGGUUUAGGCGCCGCCUCAGUAGUUGUUCCAUACUUGUGUUUAUUUGACGUUGAUGGAGGAGAGCGUGCGGUGAUGUUCAACCGCUUCGCUGGUGGAGUCAGUAAGAAAACGUUUGGAGAAGGCUCACAUUUCUACCUUCCAUGGUUCCAAGUACCAUAUUUAUACGAUAUUAGGGCGAAACCUAAAGUAAUUAACACAACAACUGGAACCCAAGAUUUGCAAAUGGUUAGCAUUAGCCUGAGGCUGCUGUACAGGCCCUUGGCUGAGCAUCUGCCUCGAAUUCACCAGAAACUCGGCCCUGACUUUGAUGAACGCGUUUUACCCUCAAUUGGAAAUGAAGUUUUAAAGGCAGUAGUUGCUAAAUAUAACGCAGAAUCGCUUUUGACACAGAGAGAUAAAGUUUCUAAGGAUAUCAGGGAAGCCAUUACAGCUCGUGCAAUGCAGUUUGAUAUUAAACUUGACGAUGUUGCAAUUACCCAUUUGAGUUAUGGUAAGGAUUUUUCAAAGGCAAUUGAGGAGAAACAAGUGGCUCAGCAGGAAUCGGAGCGUGUUAAGUUCAUAGUUGCCAAGUCUGAGCAGGAGAAAAUCGCUGCAAUAAUUAGGGCAGAGGGCGAGGCUGAGGCUGCAAAUCUCAUCUCAAAAGCUGUCCAAACUCAUGGCUCUGGAAUGCUCGAGGUUCGGAAGUUGGAGGCAGCUAAGGAAAUCGCAGAAACGCUCUCCAACUCCAAAAACGUAGUAUAUGUUCCUAAUAACCUCAAUAUGCUCAUUAAUCCCACUAAUCUCUAA